CUACUAUAGCUUGAAUUCCAGCUCUCCGGAAAGAGGAGCAUCUCCAUGUAGGAUACAUGGCAAAAGACACCUCAUCAAGGAGCACCAGCAAGGAUUCACCCUAACAUCAGAGCCAAGGCAAUGUCCCUGCGAGCAGACGCAGCCCAGUGUGGAGGGGUGGUGGUGGAGUUUGAGUCUGAUGACAUCAGGGAGGCUCGGGCCAGGAAGGCCAGGAGUACAUCAGGGUCAGCCCUCAUCUACCUCAGGGGCCCUAAAUUCCUGAUCUACGUCAGUGGGGCACUGUCCAUGUGGGGGGACCGUAUGUGGCACUUUGCCAUUUCGGUGUUCCUGAUCGAGCUGUAUGGACGUAACCUGCUGCUGACCGCAAUAUUCGGCUUGGUGGUGGCGGGGUCAGUGCUGCUGUUAGGGGCGUUGAUUGGGGACUGGGUUGACCGCAACCCCAGGAACAAAGUGGCGCAUGCAUCCUUGUUGGUUCAGAACAUUUCAGUGACGGUGUGCAGCAUUGUGCUGAUGUUGGUCUUCUUAUAUAAACAGUGGAUUGAGAGCAUUUGGGAUGGCUGGUUAACUGUGGUUUGUUAUACGGUGGUGAUCGUCCUGGCAGAUGUGGCUAACCUAGCAAGCACAGCGCUGACCAUCGCCAUCCAGAGGGACUGGAUUGUGGUUAUCACUGGAUACAACCGGGGGCACCUCGCCGGGAUGAAUGCUACCAUGCGGCGCAUCGAUCAGGUGACAAACAUCCUGGCCCCGCUGGCGGUGGGACAGGUCAUGACCCUGGCCUCCAACGUGAUUGGCUGCGGUUUCAUCCUGGGCUGGAACCUGGUGUCCCUCAUCGUGGAGUUUAUCUUCCUGUCCCGGGUCUACCGCAUUGUCCCUGCGCUGUCCGUCAAACCACCUGCGCCUGAGGACGGCCAGGCCUCCCUGGAGAGACCAGCAGAGAGGACAGAGGGACUGGUGGAGAGGAGGGGGUCACAAGUAGAGCAUAGUGAGGUGGUGACAUCAGCCCCUGUCCUCAGUGAUGACGACAUGUGCCUGAACCUCAAGGAGAUCUCCAACCUGCCUCUGUGUUUUGGACGCUUCUGCUGGCUGCUGAGUACCUGUAAGGACGGCUGGAGGGCCUACUACCGCCAGGAUGUCUUCCUGGCUGGGAUGGGCUUGGCCUUCCUCUACACAACUGUCCUGGGCUUCGACUGCAUCACCACGGGCUACGCCUACACCCAGGGCAUCAGUGGCUCCCUGCUCAGUCUGCUGAUGGGGGUCUCGGCUAUAACAGGCCUCAUGGGCACCAUCAUGUUCACCAAGCUGAGGAAGGCCUACGGUUUAGUCAACACAGGCAUCAUCUCCAGCUGUCUCCAUCUUUGCUGUCUGCUGCUGUGUGUGUGUUCUGUGUUCGCCCCCGGCAGCCCCAUGGACCUCCGCCUGCUCAGGCCCUUCCUGGACGCCAACGCCAACUCAACGUUGUCGGCGGCCGGGGGGAUGUUGGAGGGCCAGAGGCAGAAACACACCUACCCGAUGCGGGGUGGAAUUAAUCAGCCGCUGCUGCCCGACCGCUCGUCCAUCCACUGGACCAACAACACAGUGCUGUUUGAGAAUAUGCCAUCAGGCAUGGAGCCAGACUCCUACAUCUCUAUAAUCCUGCUGUUCUUGGGGGUCAUCACAGCACGCAUCGGUCUGUGGUCCUUUGACCUGACCGUGACCCAGCUGCUUCAGGAGAACAUCUGUGAGUCAGAACGUGGUGUGGUCAACGGGGUCCAGAGCUCCAUGAACUACUUGAUGGACCUUCUCCACUUCAUCAUGGUCAUCUCUGCUCCACAGCCCCAGCACUUUGGCAUCCUGGUCAUCAUCUCUGUACUGUUCAUCACCACAGGACACACAAUGUACUUCUUAUACGCACGCAAAGCCAAGAGGAAAGCUGCUGGAUGCCUGGACACGUAGGGAGGCCGUGCGGCUUUCCGUGACAAAGCAUGUGCCCAAAGACUCCACUCUGCCUGCACCUGCCUGUGAAAUGAAUGUCUCUUCUCUCUUGUUCCCUCUGCGCUCUCAUUGCUAGGCAACAAUACAAUACCGUAACACUCCUUCCCCACCAUCCAGCCAUUCAUUCAUUACAGCACAACACAGCAAGUGUCUGUCGUGUCCUCUCCAACCUGGUUGCUAUCUCCCUGCAUGGUCAGGUGUAGUACGGCCAAGUGCUAAGGUACAGUAACAAACUAGAACUCAGGUUAACUAAAGUAAGAUCCACCUUUUCCCUUCUGUACAUAGGUUGAGGUGGUCGCAACAAAUACGGUGUUGGUCCCCUGCCGUGGUAGGUUCUCCCACCUUAGUGUUGGUCCCAUACCGUGGUAGGUUCUCCCGCCUUAGUGUUGGUCCCAUACCGUGGUAGAUUCUCCCACAUUAGUGUUGGUCCUCUACCGUGGUAGGUUCUCCCACCGUAGUGUUGGUCCCAUACCGUGGUAGGUUCUCCCACCUUAGUGUUGGUCCCAUACCGUGGUAGGUUCUCCCGCCUUAGUGUUGGUCCCAUACCGUGGUAGAUUCUCCCACCUUAGUGUUGGUCCCAUACCGUGGUAGGUUCUCCCACCGUAGUGUUGGUCCCAUACCGUGGUAGAUUCUCCCACCUUAGUGUUGGUCCUCUACCGUGGUAGGUUCUCCCACCUUAGUGUUGGUCCCUUACCGUGGUAGGUUCUCCCACCUUAGUGUUGGUCCCCUACCGUGGUAGGUUCUCCCACCUCAGGAAAAGGGCACAGAGGGCAGGCUGAGGCAGCAGCAGCAGAACACGCCUUUCCAGCAAUUUUGGAUUACUGCAAGAGCUUCAUUAUGGCAGUCUGUUGACCUACUCAGAGUUUGGAUGGGAAUUGGAUGGAUGGAUUGAUGUAUUUUUCUAACCCUCACACAGUAAAGAACUGGUUCAUGGUGAAGCAGGUGACAGUAACAAAAAGAAGAAGAGAUGAGACUGAACAACUUUAACAAGGCAAACAUGUUACUGCUCCGUCCACUUGGAAAUACAGGAAGUCCAAAAGGAAAACUAAAGGGAAGUUGGUGUCAGAUUGUGAGAUACUGAACAUUAUAAAGGAGACCCCCUUGAUGGACAGAAGAGGAAGGCUGUAGUGUCAUCUUCUCCUGGUCUGUUUCUCUGUGGAUGAAUCAGGCAGACAUGUGCCUAGCUUUCAAAUCAAUCACUAAGACACAUUUCAGUGCCUAUUAAUUAACACAUUAUAUCAUUAAAAAAAAUAUAUAAUUUAAACCGGAUCGCAGGAACAUAUCAGAGCAUAAAGAUAGUAAGAAAAAACAAACAUGCAUUGAAAUCAGAGGAAACCAAAAUGACCAUAAUUGCUUGUGUACUUAGAUAACUGAAAAUAGCUUCCAAAUUGUAAAUGCUUUUCCUUCACAUAGAAACAGAGUGAUAUUAAUGCAGUUUGACAAAUUUAUAGCAAACAGAUUUUGACUUCCUCUUUCAUUUUGUGACCUGUUUUGAGAUCAGUGUUUAGUAGAUUGAUAGGUCUAUAUGAUUCUGGAUUAAGGCAGUGUUGUAUUACACUAGGACACCUCCUUGUUGUUCUCAUGAACUAAAACCUUACCUCAGUACAGUACAAGAAAACCGUGUUUGAAAAACUGACUUGGACAUGUCUCUCAGCUAUGUACGGCCACCUCCUUUCUGUACAGUGGUAGUCCAAUCAAAGUUGAUCUCGUUGCCAUGCAAACAGCACCACAUCACAAUGUAUUUGUUUUUCUAUCAUAUUUCCCUGUGACGUAUUGUUCACUGACAUCUAGAGUUUGUCCUUUUCUGUUUCAGACUGUUAGUUAUGAUGACAAUAAACACGGAUUAAGAUGUC